UGCGCAUCGCGGCCCGCUUGCCGCCUGCCCCCUGCCUUAGCUGGCCGCCUCCCCCGGCUGCCGGUGGAGGGCUACGAGGCGCUAACGUUACGCUGUUUCCGGUUUUCUAGCGGGCUCUGUUUCCCCUCCCAAGGCGGCGGCGGCGGAGCGGCGGAGCCCCCCAAAUGGCCUGGCCAGAUGCGGCAGGUUUGCUGCUCAGCGCUGCCGCCGCCGCCACUGGAGAAGGCUCGGUGCAGCAGCUACAGCGACAGCAGCAGCAGCAGCGGCAGCAGCAGCAGCAGCAGCAGCGAGAGGAGCAGCAGCGGCAGCAGCAGCGGCAGCGGCAGCAGCAGCGAGAGCAGCAGCAGCAGCAGCAGCAGCAACAGCAGCAUCUCCCGUCCCGCUGCGCCCCCAGAGCCGCGGCCGCCGCAACAGCCGCAGCCCCGCAGCCCCGCAGCCCGGAGAGCCGCCGCCCGCUCUCGAGCCGCAGCCGCCGGCGGCAUGAGGCGCGACCCGGCCCCCGGCUUCUCCAUGCUGCUCUUCGGUGUGUCGCUCGCCUGCUACUCGCCUAGCCUCAAGUCGGUGCAGGACCAGGCAUACAAGGCACCGGUGGUGGUGGAGGGCAAGGUACAGGGGCUGGCCCCAGCCGGCGGCUCCGGCUCCAACAGCACCCGCGAGCCGCCCGCCUCGGGUCGGGUGGCGCUGGUGAAGGUGCUGGACAAGUGGCCGCUCCGGAGCGGGGGGCUGCAGCGCGAGCAGGUGAUCAGCGUGGGCUCCUGUGCGCCGCUCGAAAGGAACCAGCGCUACAUCUUUUUCCUGGAGCCCACGGAGCAGCCCUUAGUCUUUAAGACGGCCUUUGCCCCCAUCGACACCAACGGCAAAAACCUCAAGAAAGAGGUGGGCAAGAUCCUGUGCACGGACUGCGCCACCCGGCCCAAGCUGAAGAAGAUGAAGAGCCAGACGGGACAGGUGGGUGAGAAGCAGUCCCUGAAGUGCGAGGCGGCGGCGGGCAACCCUCAGCCCUCCUACCGCUGGUUCAAGGACGGCAAGGAGCUCAACCGCAGCCGUGACAUUCGCAUCAAGUACGGCAACGGCAGAAAGAACUCACGACUACAGUUCAACAAGGUGAAGGUGGAGGACGCUGGGGAGUAUGUCUGCGAGGCUGAGAACAUCCUGGGCAAGGACACGGUCCGGGGCCGGCUCCAUGUCAACAGCGUGAGUACCACCCUGUCAUCCUGGUCGGGACACGCCCGGAAGUGCAACGAGACAGCCAAGUCCUAUUGUGUCAAUGGCGGCGUCUGCUACUACAUCGAGGGCAUCAACCAGCUCUCCUGCAAGUGUCCUGUGGGAUACACCGGGGACAGGUGUCAACAGUUCGCAAUGGUCAACUUCUCCAAGCACCUUGGAUUUGAACUAAAGGAAGCUGAGGAGCUGUACCAGAAGAGGGUCCUGACUAUCACCGGCAUCUGCGUGGCUCUGCUCGUAGUGGGCAUUGUCUGCGUGGUCGCCUACUGCAAGACCAAGAAACAGCGGAAACAGAUGCACAAUCAGCUCCGGCAGAACAUGUGCCCGGCCCACCAGAACCGGAGCUUGGCCAACGGGCCCAGCCACCCCCGGCUGGACCCCGAGGAGAUCCAGAUGGCAGAUUACAUCUCCAAGAAUGUGCCGGCCACGGACCAUGUCAUCCGGAGGGAAACCGAGACCACCUUCUCUGGGAGCCACUCCUGUUCUCCUUCUCACCACUGUUCCACGGCCACACCCACCUCCAGCCACAGGCAUGAGAGCCACACGUGGAGCCUGGAACGUUCUGAAAGCCUGACCUCUGACUCCCAGUCGGGCAUCAUGCUGUCAUCGGUGGGCACCAGCAAGUGCAACAGCCCGGCGUGUGUGGAGGCCCGGGCGCGGCGGGCAGCGGCCUACAGCCUGGAAGAGCGGCGCAGGGCUGCCGUGCCACCUUACCACGACUCCAUAGACUCCCUGCGUGACUCCCCACACAGCGAGAGGUAUGUGUCGGCACUGACCACGCCCGCGCGCCUCUCUCCCGUGGACUUCCACUAUUCGCUGGCCACGCAGGUGCCGACUUUUGAGAUCACGUCCCCCAACUCGGCGCACGCAGUGUCACUGCCGCCGGCCGCGCCCAUCAGCUACCGCCUGGCGGAGCAGCAGCCGCUCCUGCGGCAGCCGGCGCCCCCUGGCCCGGGGCCCGGACCCGGCGCGGACAUGCAGCGCAGCUACGACAGCUACUACUACCCCGCGGCGGGACCGGGGCCGCGGCGCGGGGCUUGCGCGCUGGGCGGCAGCCUGGGCAGCCUGCCCGCCAGCCCCUUCCGCAUCCCGGAGGACGACGAGUACGAGACCACGCAGGAGUGCGCGCCCCCGCCCCCGCCGCCUGCUAGCACAGGCUGCAACCCUCCUGCCUCUUCCAAGAAGAUUCGCAAGUUCCUGCCCUGGAGCUACUAG